UAGGGUUGAGGGGGUUUUUUUUGGAGGGGGGGAGGGUUGGGGUUUUUUUGGGGCUGGGUUUUCCCACGGAGGUUCUCCCACCGCCGCCACCAUCCAGCGGAUGCUUUUCCGCCCUCCCGACGCUCCCGACGUUCCAGCGCGAGGCCAUCCCGGCGUUGCCCAUCUCUCUUCCCACCACCGCUGGAUGCCAACACCGGAUCCAGAGCCAGCCUUGGCGAGAAGGUCACGGCGCCUCCAGCCCAGCCUUUUCCUCCUCCUCCUCCUCCUCCUCCUCCUCCUGGCCAUCUCCAAUCCCGGCCGUCGUCCGUAGAGGAAAAACCCAGGGGCAAAUCCCAAAAUCCCCGGGGAGGUCUCGGCCCUUCGGAUCCGUCCCCUCCUGCAUGAGCCACCCGCGGCGCCGGCGAUGGCCCAGCGCUGAAGAUGUCCAUGGCCAGGCUCGGCAGCGUCAAUGGAUUCCUGGAGGACGGCAGGAUGGAGGCGGGAGACAUGGGCAGGAUCCUGCGCUGCCUGGAGAUGGGCACCGUCCUCACCUUGUUCUACCAGAAGAAGUCCCAGAGGCCGGAGAGAAGGACCUUCCAGGUGAAGCUGGAGACGCGGCAGAUCAUCUGGAGCCGCACGCCCGAGAAGGUGGAGGGGGACAUCGACAUCCGGGAGAUCAAGGAGAUCCGCCUGGGCAAGAAUUCCCGGGAUUUCGAGCGCUACCCCGAGGACGCUCGGAAGUUGGACUUCACCAUGUGCUUCAUCAUCCUCUACGGGAUGGACUUCCGGCUGCGGACACUCAGCGUGGCCGCUUUCUGCGAGGAGGACAUCAACCUCUGGAUAACGGGGCUCAACUGGCUGGUGGCUGAUACCCAGAGGGCCCAGACCCCGCUGCAGAUCGAGAGGUGGCUCCGGAAGCAGUUUGACGGGAUGGACCGGGCGCGGGAAGGCAGCAUCACCGUGAAGGACCUGAAGGCGAUGCUGCCCCAGGUGAACUACCGCGUUCCCAACAUGAGAUUCCUGCGGGAUAAACUCGUGGAAGUGGAAGCCAGGAAUGAAAUGACCUUCUCCCACUUCAUCCAGUUCUACAAAAACCUGAUGUUUGACGCCCAGAAGUCGGUCAUCGAGCAGCUGGAGCUCUCCUUCCCUCUGAGGAACGUGGACCGCCCCGAGCUGUGCCAGGUCUCCCUCUAUGACUUCCAGAAGUUCCUGCUGCACGACCAGAAGGAAUCCUGGGCCAGCGACGUGGGCAUGGUGCGGGAAUACAUGUGCACCUACCUCCGGGAGAGCUCCGGCGAGGCGUCGGAUCCCUCCUUCCAGCUGGAUGAGUUCCUCACGUACCUCUUCUCCAAGGAAAACAUGGUGAUGGACGCCAAGUACGAGCGCGUGGUGCCCGAGGAGAUGAACCACCCCCUGUCCCAGUACUGGAUCUCCUCCUCCCACAACACGUACCUGACAGGGGAUCAGUUCUCCAGCGAGUCCUCCCUGGAAGCGUACGCACGGUGCCUGCGGAUGGGCUGCCGCUGCAUCGAGUUGGACUGCUGGGACGGCCCGGAUGAUCUCCCCAUCAUCUACCACGGCCACACGCUCACCUCCAAGAUCAAGUUCCUGGACGUGCUGCACACCAUCAAGGAACACGCCUUCGUCACCUCCGAGUUCCCCAUCAUCCUGUCCAUCGAGGACCACUGCAGCAUCGUGCAGCAGCGGAACAUGGCCUCCCACUUCAAGAAGGUCUUCGGGGACAUGCUCCUCACCAAGCCCGUGGACAUCAACGCCGACGAGCUGCCCUCGCCCACCCAGCUCAAGAAGAAGAUCCUGAUCAAGCACAAGAAGCUGGUCGAAGGGAACCUGUACGAGGAGGUGUCCACCGCCAGCUACUCGGAGAACGACAUCAGCAACUCCAUCAAGAACGGGAUCCUCUACCUCGAAGACCCCAUCGACCACACCUGGAGCCCUCAUUAUUUCGUCCUGACAAGCAACAAGAUCUACUACUCGGAAGAGACCUCCCGCUACCAGUUCAACGAGGACGAGGAGGAGGUGGAGCAGAAGGAGGAGUUCAACAACAACGAGCUGCACUUCACGGAGAAGUGGUUCCACGGGAAGCUGGGCGGGGGCCGGGACGGGCGGCAGAUCGCGGAGAAGCUGCUGCACGAGUAUUGCACCGAGACGGGCGGCAAGGACGGCACCUUCCUGGUGCGCGAGAGCGAGACCUUCGUGGGCGACUACACCCUCUCCUUCUGGAGGUCCAGCCGGGUGCAGCACUGCCGGAUCCACUCGCGGCAGGAGGCCGGGGCCACCAAGUUCUACCUGACGGACAACCUGGUCUUCGACAGCCUCUACAGCCUCAUCUGCCACUACCGGGAGGUGCCGCUGCGCUGCAACGAGUUCGAGAUGCGCCUCACCGACCCCGUCCCGCAGCCCAACGCCCACGAGAGCAAAGAGUGGUACCACGCCAGCCUGACGCGCCUGCAGGCCGAGCACAUGCUGAUGCGGGUGCCGCGCGACGGAGCCUUCCUGGUGCGCAAGCGCGGCGAGCCCAACUCCUACGCCAUCUCCUUCCGGGCGGAGGGGAAGAUCAAGCACUGCCGGAUCCAGCAGGAGGGGAGGCUCUUCAUGCUGGGCAGCUCGGCCGAGUUCGAGAGCCUGGUGGACCUCAUCAGCUACUACGAGAAGCACCCGCUGUACCGCAAGAUGAAGCUGCGCUACCCCAUCAACGAGGAGACUCUGGAGAAGAUGGGCACCACCGAGCUGGACUAUGGAGCCCUGUACGAGGUGCGGACCCCCCACUUCUACGUGGAGGCCAACAAGAUGCCCAUGGCCAGGUGCACGGUGAAGGCCCUCUACGACUACAAGGCGCAGCGGGAGGACGAGCUGUCGUUCUGCAAGCAGGCCAUCAUCCACAACGUGGACAAGCAGGACGGCGGCUGGUGGCGCGGGGACUACGGGGGCAAGAAGCAGCUCUGGUUCCCGGCCAACUACGUGGAGGAGAUCGUGGGCACCCAAGCACCCGAGCAGGAUGAGGCCUCCUCGGAAAACAGCCCCCUGGGGAACUUCCUGAAGGGAUUCAUCGACGUCCCGUCCUGCCACGUCGUGAUCUCCAAAGACGGGAGGAGCUCCAAACCAUUUGUCUUCACCAUCCAUUCCCAGCAGAUGUCCCACGCCGCCCAAUCCCUGGACGUGGCCGCGGACACGCAGGAGGAGCUCAGCGAGUGGGUGGCCAAGAUCCGGGAGGCCACGCAGAACGCGGACGCCCGGAUGCAGGAGGGGAAGAUCAUGGAGCGGCGGAAGAAGAUCGCGCUGGAGCUCUCGGAGCUGGUCGUCUACUGCCGCCCGGUGCCCUUCGACGAGGACAAGAUCGGCACGGACAAGGCGUGUUACCGGGACAUGUCGUCCUUCCCGGAGACCAAGGCAGAGAAAUACGCCAACCGCAGCAAGGGCAAGAAGUUCCUGCAGUACAACCGGCGCCAGCUGAGCCGGAUCUAUCCCAAGGGACAGCGCCUGGACUCCUCCAACUACGACCCGCUGCCCAUGUGGAUCUGCGGGAGCCAACUCGUGGCCCUCAACUUCCAGACGCCCGACAAACCGAUGCAGCUGAACCAGGCGCUCUUCAUGCUCGGCGGCCGCAGCGGGUACGUCCUGCAACCCGACAUCAUGAGGGACGAGACCUUCGACCCCUUCGACAAGAACAGCCUGAAGAUCGUGGAGCCCAUCACGGUCCAGCUGCAGAUCCUGGGCGCCCGGCACCUGCCCAAGAACGGGAGGAGCAUCGUGUGCCCCUUCGUGGAGGUGGAGGUUUGCGGCUCCGAGUACGACAACAGCAAGAACAAGACGGAUGUCGUAGCCGACAAUGGCUUCAACCCCGUGUGGCUCUUCAAGCAGUUCGUCUUUGACAUCAACAACCCCGAGUUCGCCUUCCUGCGCUUCGUGGUGUACGAGGAGGACAUGUUCAGUGACCCCAACUUCUUGGCACAGGCCACCUUCCCCGUCAAGGGCCUCAAAACAGGUACGGUCCUUCCACCGUCACCGUCAUCUUCUCCGGCACAGUCACGGAAUC